CUCGACAGGGUUAUCUCUCGAGGGCUUCAAUAACUGGGAACAGCCCGGUGUCAAGUGCAGAAGCGGUAAGGAUCAUCUUCGGAAACGGUUGCGGAAUGAUGCGGCACGCAUGUAUCGUGCUACUGUUGAGCAUUGCGGGAUGCCUGGGUCAAGAUCUGCCUGACUGGGGUGAUUUCUACAAAGUGAAGGGCGUCUUGUAUUUGCCGUAUGCUGAAAUUCGUGAGCCAUUCGCAGGAUACUACGAUGCUACGCAGAAUACGAGCCGCAUUGACUACUACAAGGGCCUAGUCCAAACAGUACAGCUUUCACCGAGUGCAGAAUCGGGGGGAGAGGGAUACCCCUAUGGCGUCAACUACAAGAUUGCCUACAUGCCAGACCCCAAGACGUGGGAGUCAGUUCGCACCUGCUUCCAAGUUAAUGGAACCGAGAAUGCCUCUGUUCCCCUGCAAGAUGUGCUGCCAAAUGUUGCAGGCUUCACAUUUGUGCGCAAGGAGUCAUGCUGGUUCGGCAACGACGAGCUGCUCGCCCAUCAAGGCAAGAGGCACUGUGAGCGGUUCCAGCUGACUGUGCCCACCCAGGACCGCGUGAGCAAGUACACGCUCUGGGUGUCGCGAGACCCUGAGGGUCGUGCCGUGCCGCGGCGCUACCUGAUGCGUGGCUACAACACCUUGCUUGGCUCCCACUUCGACAAGUACGAGGUUCUCUAUUACGGGUACUCCCGGGACCCCGUACCACCCAGCUUCUUCGACAUCACUACCCUAUUCAAUGGCACGUGCCGCAGUUUUCCAGGCCCAGGUGCUGAGCGACUGGCUUUGCACAACCCAAUGGCUGAGUUCCUGGGGAACCAUGAUGGUCACACGAAGCACUCAUUCGAAGACUUCAAGGAGACGCACAAACGCACUUACGAGCAUGACAUGGAGUACAACAGACGUCUUGACAUUUUCCGACAGAACCUUAGGUUCAUUGACUCAACAAACCGUGCCAACCUGGGCUACAGCCUUGCCGUGAACCACCUAGCCGAUCGUACGCCACAGGAGAUCAGUGUGCUCCGUGGACGCCUUCAGUCCAAAGAUGGCUCUUCCAAGGCUGAGCCAUUCCCCAGGCACAAGUUCAUGGCCAAGUUGCCCGACCAAGUAGACUGGAGGCUUUACGGAGCCGUGACUCCAGUGAAGGACCAGGCUGUCUGUGGGUCCUGCUGGAGUUUUGGAACAGUAGGUGAACUGGAAGGCGCAUACUUCAGAAAGACUGGUAAGCUUGUUCGCCUGUCCGAGCAGCAGCUGGUCGACUGCAGCUGGAACAGUGGUAACAAUGGGUGCGACGGAGGCGAGGACUUCCGUGCCUACGAGUACAUACGCAACCAUGGAUUAGCCUCAGAUGAGGACUAUGGAGCAUACCUUGGACAGGAUGGCGUGUGUCAUGACACUAAGGUGAAUGCUACCAUUGCCUCAAUCAAGGGGUACAUCAACAUAACCAACCGUGAUGACCUACUCACAGCGCUGGCCAAUGUAGGGCCAGUGUCUGUCAGCAUCGACGCAGCACUUCGCUCCUUCUCCUUCUACUCCAAUGGCGUCUUCUAUGAUCCCAACUGUCGCAAUGACACAGACAGCCUCGACCAUGCUGUUUUGGCAGUUGGCUACGGAACUCUGCAAGGGGAGCCUUAUUGGCUGGUUAAGAACUCCUGGUCUACAUACUGGGGAAAUGAUGGCUACGUCCUCAUCAGUCAAAAGGACAACAACUGUGGCGUGGCUACACAGGGAACCUAUGUGGAACUUUGACAGUGGCCAACAAAAACAAUCCUCUGCUUUUGUCAAUAAACAGUAAUGAAGAACAA